CAAAGUGCAUAUUUGUAUCACCAACAUUCAGCAGCAUCCUGUCUCUUGGUCCAAUGUGACUUAUUGGAGGUUUAUCUGCGACGGCAUAAUAGCCUGUUAUAAAUAUACAUUUUUAAUCAUACAAAGGUCUGUAUAACUUCUGUCAUGUAGCACAGUGACAACUUAAACAGCGCAAAUUAAUUAUGUUUGUACCGCGUCUCUGAACUCAUCCAGUCUCAAGGGUCGACUCCCCCACGUGAUGAAAAAGCAGCAACUGUACCUCUCAAUGAUGGAGUCGGAAGAGGCAAGGAUAAAUGGUCAAAUUUAGGAGCAGCGCCAGUUUACUAAAAACAGUCGACCACGGUUAUUUCAAGGUAGAUAACCGAACUAGCCAAAGGGAUCCCACCUUGUGCACGGGAUCGCAGCCAAGAUCUAGUCGGGUACCUGGGGAUGCGAUGGGAGAGCGAGUACUGCAGAGAUGAUGCGUUUUGUGCUGGAUUGCUUGCGGACGCCAAGGCAACGGGCACCCUGCAGUGAGAGGGACCAGGACUUUGUGGAACAGGACGAAGCUGUCAUUCAGAAGACUGGAGAAAUCAAACACCUGCAGGAUGCAGUGCAGCAGGAAGUCAUUGAGCUGCAGGAGCAGCGGGGCGACCGCCAGGAACUGGAGGAGACCCUGGAGAAGCUGGAGCAGCACAGGGUGGAACUGGAGGAGCAACUCAAACUGACCAGGCUGGAGUGCGUCCAGGAGAGCCAGCAGAUCCUGUCCUUGCAGGCAGAGGAGGUGGCCAGGGAGACAAAGGUGGAGGAGUAUGAGCGGGAGCUGGCCAGGGCCAGGAGGAAACUCAAACAGCUGAAGAUGGAGGUCAGAAAGGCCCAGGGGAAGGUGGAGGAGGCGGGUGAGCGCACCAUUCCUCUGGAGGAGUCCAUCAGCCAAUCAUACGAGGAGAUUUUACAGGAGGAGCAGACGUUCAGUACACUGAGGAGUGAGCGGACUGGAGAUGCAACACUGCCAGACCACCAGCAAGUGGAGUCAAACGACACAUCUCCCAGCAGCCUCAGGACAGAGGACGGAACUCUGGACGUACCCGAUGUACCAGCCAGGUCAUGGGGAAGGAGCCAAUCACUGCCUGUCUACGCUGAAAUCCUGGCAAACCUUGGGUGCGCGGCUCGCGCUAAGGACGGAUUGUCUUAUACACAAGAAGAGGAGGAGGAGGAGACACCUGUACCAAGCACACCAAAGCAGAUAGAUAAGGGAGAAGAGGAAGAGAAAGUGGAGGAGGAAGAGAAGAUUUCCCAGACACGAUCCACCAGUAGCAUAGCCGUCGAAGAUCUAGACUUCUACCACCCUGACCCCUUCAUUCACUGUGAAUCUGAACAUGACCUUUUCAAAGAUGACGACUUCUUUGCCAAGACAGAUAAAUCUGAUGAUGACCCGUUCAAAGGCACAGACCCCUUCGCUGCAGACAUCCUCUUUCCAGAGGGGACAGAGGAGCCAUAUCCAUCCACUGACCCUUUCCCAGACACCCCUGCCUGCCUGGAACCCGGAUUUAACGAGGACACAGACAACAGCCUCUCCUGCCCUGAAAACAAAGCCUCUACCGGCACCCAGUGCUUUGAGUCCGAGUUCCCCGACGAGGAUGAAUCCAGUGACAUAGAAAUCAGUUACAGCAGGGAGGAUCUGGACACUGUUCACACGGACGCUGUUGAACUCUCCUUCAUUGAGCCCAAAACCUUGAUCAUGACCGAACGCUUGGGUUUCAAGCCCAUCUACACAGCUCAAACCUGUUCUUUGGACACUGAAUUAGAUGACGCAGAUGAACCUGGCUUAGCUUUGGGACGCCAACCCUUCAGUGAAGCAUCCCGGGCCAACACCUGGGCUGCCGGGCCCAACUUAUCCACCGAAUCGGACCCUAAUGGAUACGAGUUUAAUAUCAACGCAGUAUCCCCACCUUCCGACAUAGAAGAGAUCGACAUCACUCUUGGAUCUAUACAGGUUGACUUUGACGUUGUGUGUGACUCUGUGGAACUCAGCUGCCCUGUUGGGAUUCAGGCCUGUGACUCAGAACCUGCCGGAACAGGUGGAUGCGACCUUCCUGAACCCAGCCCUCCUGUGCCCACCCGCCCGGUCCGUCCACCUAGACGCCUCAAAGGGGGAGCGUCAGCUGUCCUUGUAGAAGAGCCAGACACUCCCAAAGCUGAACGCUGUGAUCAAGGUUCUUCCAACCGCUCAGCUGAUUCAGAGCUGGACAGUGCUAUCGGGAUGGACCCUCUUACCAGCUCAGCUGAACACAACAGUAAAUUCAGCUUCAGCAACAACAGUCUCGAGCUGAACUAUGAACCCAGUAGUCAAACUUCGUACAACUAUGGAUUCAAACUCAGCCCCGAACACCACAGCGAAAAGAUUCUCGAUCCUUUUGGCACUGAACUCAGCGAUGAAGAGGCCGACAACCAAGCCUCAUUUGAUCCGUAUGAAUUUGAGCCUACCGCUCAACCUGAGACCCAAGACAAGUUUGACCCUUACGAGUUUGGACAAAACUCUCAUGCCACCAACCAAGACACAUUUGACCCCUAUGGUUUCAAACUCGUAAGUUUUGAGACUGACAACCAAGCUAUUGUCGACCUACACAGCGGCGAUGGUACCAACCUUAAAGACAACAAUAACAGAACGAAACGGGACCCCUUUAGCUUUGAUUUCAGUAACGCAGCAUCAAUGGACCACUAUAGUUCAGACCCCAGUAAUACUGCAACAAUGGACCUCCUAGGUCUGGAACUCAGCAGAGCCAACAGUGUUGCUGAGUCAGACUGUAACAAUCCUACAGCGUCUGACCCAUUAGAAACAGUACAAACCAUGGCAACUGGAAGCAACCUGUUAGACCUGGACCUUGUGUUUGGAAGCAGUAGUUAUGGUAACCCUGAGGUCGCCCCUGAGCUCGACCCCUGUGAGCCUAGACUGGGAAACCCUGCUGGCCCAGACAACUUUGCGUUCCGAGCGAGAGACACCGCCCACUCCGAGUCUGUAGACACCGUUUCUGACUGGAUGACUGUUAAGACCAACUCCAGGGAGUCCUUCGGCCCAGUCAACUCCCGCACACACAGCCUGGACAAAUGAACCAUUCCCUGGGAAGAAGUCACCAGUCUGGCCAUGAGUCUACUGCAGUACAGCCCAACAAUGGGGAAGUAGAUGGAAAGAUAGCAGGUGAAGGAAGGAAUGAGAGAAAGGAGAGAGUCGCUUUUCCCCAACCUGGCAUGAAUCACCUUGACUCCUAGUCAAGGGUUGCAACACUGCAUUGUUCAUUGAAAAUCAUUUAUGAGUUAUUAAUUGGUGAUGGUUGCUUUGCAGCUGUAAGGCGUUGGUUCAUUCUAUACCCUGUUAUAGGUGCAAUAUAGUAUUUCAUCUUGGUCCAGAUAUAGGUAGAGGUGAGAACAUACAUUUCCACAUCCUUAUGAACCUCAAGUUUCAAUUGCAUGAAAACGAAAGGAUUUAUUAUCCUGUUUAUCUUGAAACUCUUUAAUUAACCAUCCAUCCUUUAUCAGAAAUAUAUGAGAUGCCAAGGGAUAGGGUAAAGGGUGGAGUGAAUCAUUUGGAAUUGAGCUUUCUGCAAAUACAACCAAUCAUUUUUGAUGGAGGUGAGCAAACCAGGUUGGUAGAAUGCAGGGUAUGAGCUUUUUUAUGUUCGAGCUUUAUGAGUCAACUGUAAAUGAAUAAUUGAAUAGGUUUAAAGUAAAGCCAACUGCGGCCAAUACAAAUUGUUAAAAUCAAAUCAAAUGUCAUUGGUCACAUACACAUAUUCAGCAGAUGUUAUUGCGGGUGUAGCGAAAUGCUUGUGUUCCUAGUUCCAACAGUGCAGUAGUAUCUAAUAUAAAUAUAUUAAACAUAAAUGUUUAAAACCCUUUGGACCUUGCACGCCCGAUUUUCCCUCCUGGUUAGCUAUAUAAUAUUCUACACCUACCAAUGUGACAUGGCGUGAGCCAUACCUUAAACAAAUGUGUGUCUAUGUAUAUAAAUGUAAAUCCAUAUGUACUUUCUCAGACGCCGUGGGCCAGUAAUACAUAGAUAAAUGUAGGGAACUACAAAGUGAGUGAGUGUCUGAUAUUACACCUAGAUCCGCUUUAGCCAACAUCCACACAGCGGUUGUUUUGGCGGUGUCUGAGGUGGAACUGUGUUAGAGCUGUCAGAUCCACAAGCAGCUCCUGGCAUUAUACCUAAAGCGGACAUUGCCAUUGGCUGCACAGAGUCGCAUUAAGAUAAAUUCCAUGCAGCCUUGUUAACAAGUUUCAAACACUAGAAUGUGAGAUGUAAUCUACACCUCGAUUAGGCUGAUAGAAAUCCUAAUUUUGUUUCAUGAUUUUGAGCAUCAAUAAUUCUAGAUAUACACUUCCUUGUACUGAACUUCUAACGCGAGUGGAACGGGUGUGGCUUCGUGACAAUGAUCAAGAGCAGCUGCUCAGCGAUUUGACAGCUCCAACGCAGUUAUACCUCUGACACCGCCAAAACAUCAGCUAUGAGGGUGUCGGCUAUCGCCGAUUAACUCUUGAUCUGAUUGAAUCUUGGCCUUAACCUUUCACCAAGUUUGCAAAUAUCUAUUGUUACAAAAUGGAUUCGCAUUUUUGCAUACCGGUACUGCCAAUAUAACACGCCAUAUUCUUUGUACAAAGUGUCUUUAUUGCAGUGAUGGGGAAUGGCAAAAGAAACCCAAACAGAAAGAAAGAAUCUAGACCCAACUGCAUGUAACACAGAUUCAUUAUCAGCUACAAUGCACAGUAAAACAAAUGAAAAAUACUCAAAUAAAAAUGAAGUGCAUAUAAUCAACGAAAAACAAAAUCGACUAUUUUUUACCCAUAAAACAUUAAAGAAUGUAGAUGCGGUGUGUGCAUAUGCACAAUAUAGGCCUAUGUAGACAAUUUCACCUCGUUUCAUACCAUUUUUAAUCCAGAUUUUAUACUCAAAACUUGAUUUAGUUGAUACCACACAGCAUCAACAAGAUGGCUUUAUAAAAAAAGCACACAGAAGAACCUUCCUGCCACUGAGAAUGGUGUUCAGAAGCUACAGAUGACCUUGAUGUAAUCAACUACCAUACCCCACAAUUGUGUCGGCAGUGCAAACAAUGGCAUCGCUUUUGAUGAGUGGGUAUAAUAAUAUAUUCACAGUUCAUAUUGACCUUACAAAAAAACAUUGCAGUUUUGAAACUGCAGUCUACGGUGGUAUUUUGGCGCAAUAAUUGCAGCAUACUGCAGUUAUACUGCACUCUGACUGCAAUCUUUUUUCUUAACGGUGGUUUGAAAAACACAUCCAUUCCCCGUUAAUUUGUGUUCUUCAGCAAAUAACUCUAUAACGAGACACUACUCAUUGACUGUCCAGCAAUAUUUUUUGCAUGCUUAGAUACUUAGAAUUAGAACAG